AUGGAUUGCUGUUGUGAUAGCAGCAAUAAUAUAUAUAUUACUUUCGUUCACCACAGAUACUCUAAACAAUUGGGAACAGAUAUAAUAGGUGAACCCGAAGCAUUUUUACUUGGAGCUAUCUUCGGAAGCAUUAUCCCCAUCAUUUUCGCAUGGACUUCCAGUGCAAGGAUUCAUUGGAUAUUUCCACUCUUGGGCUCAGCAAUUUUUGCGCUAGAUGCAUAUAUAAUUUUGGAAUUUACUAACUAUUUGAGUCUUUCCUUUUGGGAAUACUUGGCUUCUGUAUUCACCGACAACGUGCUUUUCAAAUCAAUUGUUGCUAGUUUCUCUCCGGUAUUAGGUUUGCCAUUAUUUAAUAAGCUUUCAUUACCGAAAUUCCCUGUUGCAUGGGGUGCAACAAUCAAGCCUAGUUACAAUUUUGAUCCCUGUUUGUAA